AUGAAGGUUACAGUAAUUGGUUACAAAGAAUCCGAAGUACAGACCAGUAAAACUGUAGAAGCUCGCAAGGCAGUGAGAAGAAGACAGGAUCAAGUAGUUGUCAAGCUUCAAUUUCCAGAUGGUAAACUUAAUAGUCUUAACGUGCGCAAUGCGAUACACUCAUAUUAUAAAGCUGAAAUAAUCAAUUAUGAACUUCUUAUAAUCCAAUAUGAUGGAGGGGAUAAACAACGAAUACAUCGUAAACUGGUAAUGUCAUUCGAAAAUCAAAAUGGAACUUGGUAUACAGAAUCAAAUGAACGGAUUAUGCCUCUUAAGAGUCUGUGCUUACCACCUGAUAUUUGGAUUGAGGUCUUCUAUAACAGAGACCCUGACUGCCAAAAUGCAUUAGAGAAAAUUGACUCUCUUCAGAAUAACUUGAAUGGUAUCCUCAACGUAGAAUACGUCAGGAUCGCUAUACCUCAUACUUAUAAUACUUUUUGGCUGAACCCAUUUUCUGGAGCACCUUCGAUGCCUGCAAUUGUGACUGGACAGAACAGAAGACCACAACUUGCACCAUAUCUCAUUCAUUGGGACGUAACCUACACUCUACAUUAUUAUAUAAUUAACUGGAAUCUUCAUCUAAGAUUAAGAUGUGGUGCUAUAAUCGACUUUAAUAUUAUUCUUGAUGUACUUUCUAGAUAG